CUUUCAUAAAUCUUUCUGCUAGCUACAUCAUGAACACAAACGAGACACAACUCUCUUGAUGUCCUGACAACACUGACCUCAGAACUGAUAAAGAAAUCAAAGACAAAACAGUGUCCUAUGUGGGCUUAUUGGAUCCACUCAAAUGCGUACUCCAACUUGUGCUCUCAAUGAAAUGAGGAACUUCUAAAAAACUGAGCAUCCAUUUCUUUCUUUCUCUUGAGUUUUGAACAAGACCCCUCUUGUUUUUUUUCUCGCUUUAUUUCUCGGUGGCUGCUGGUUGUAAUAUGGCAAAUUGAGCAAUACUUGCUACCUGGAUUCUCCAAUUUGAGAGCAAAAUUUUGUCUCUUUCUUGCUUUUUUGGGGUGUUGCUCUUGAGAAUGAUGUCAAUGACAUGCCAUAAUCUUGAUUUUGGAAGGGCUAAACUUGAUUUGGUGGCUUGUGGCUGCUCCUCCAAUGCUUCAAUAGAUAGGUAUUCAGUGAGGAAUUAUGCUAAGUCUGUUUCUAAGAGCUGUAACAGAGAUUAUGGUUCUAGGAGACUGGUUUGUAGCAGGCGAGAUAUUGCUAGGUGUCGAGUUUCCCCAACAAAGACCCCUGAGACUUUACCUGCGGGAGUUGCUGAAGGUCCUACAGGACUUCUGAAAUUGAAGAAAGAUCCGAGAGAAUCAAUUUCAAUAACAAAUUUGUUUGAAGUGGUUGCAGAUGAUCUCCAGACUCUUAAUCAAAAUCUUCAGUCGAUUGUUGGUGCAGAAAAUCCAGUUUUGAUGUCUGCAGCUGAGCAGAUAUUUGGUGCUGGUGGGAAGAGAAUGCGACCAGCUCUGGUCUUUCUAGUUUCAAGAGCCACGGCUGAAGUAGUAGGGAUGAAGGAACUUACAACUGAACAUCGACGUUUAGCAGAGAUUAUCGAGAUGAUCCACACUGCAAGUUUAAUACAUGAUGAUGUACUGGAUGAAAGUGACAUGCGAAGAGGGAAGGAAACUGUUCAUCAACUCUAUGGUACAAGGGUAGCGGUACUGGCUGGGGACUUCAUGUUUGCUCAGUCGUCAUGGUACCUAGCAAAUCUUGAAAAUAUUGAAGUCAUUAAGCUUAUCAGCCAGGUUAUUAAGGAUUUUGCUAGUGGUGAAAUAAAGCAGGCAUCUAGCCUAUUUGAUUGUGAUGUUGAACUUGAAGAGUAUUUGAUCAAGAGCUAUUACAAGACAGCCUCCUUGAUUGCUGCUAGCACCAAAGGAGCUGCUAUUUUUAGCGGGGUGGACAGUAGUGUUUCCAUGCAGAUGUAUGACUAUGGAAAGAAUCUUGGUCUCUCCUUCCAAGUUGUGGAUGACAUACUAGAUUUUACACAGUCAGCAGAGCAGCUGGGGAAGCCAGCUGGGAGUGACCUGGCUAAGGGGAACCUGACUGCUCCAGUAAUAUUUGCUCUAGAGCAAUCACCAAAACUAAGAGAAAUAAUCGAGUCUGAAUUCUGUGAGAGUGGUUCCAUUGAUGAAGCUAUCGAGCUGGUUAAGAGCUCUGGGGGCAUUGAAAGGGCGCAGGAAUUGGCGAAAGAGAAAGCUGAUCUUGCAAUUCAGAAUCUCAGAUGCCUUCCUCAGGGCUCCUAUCAAUCAGCUCUCGAGGAGAUGGUGCUGUACAAUCUCGAACGGAUUCAUUAGUAUGAUACUUCUUGUUGUACAAGCUAUUCGUUGGUCAUCGGAAACAAUAAAUAAUGUACAACAGCAGCGGAGCCAUGUAGCGAAAAUACUAUGAAACAAGCCUGUACCGGGUGCCGGAAUUCAUACUAGUCUUGCAGAAGAGAAGUCCCUGAAGACUCAUCAUUCUAUAUUCUUUAAGCUACUGGGCUAAGAUUUCAGCUAAUAAUACUGCGUAUUCAGCUACAGGUUGAUCACAGUUGUCCCCAGAAAAAUCACUUUCUACUAUUGUGGUAGAAUAAAGGAAUUUUUAGGCCGUCUUGCUCAA